UUUUACCAAGAAAACCUCAAAUUGGAUCACAAAGGUUCAGAGAAGACUGAAGUGACUGAAUCACAUCAGGCACUGGCCAAAGCACUGGGGAUCCCAAGAAAGACAAAGAUAGUAACUCCCCUCAAAAAGUUCUCAGUCUGAGCGGGAGACUCCAUGCAAGCAGGGUCUCUAUAGGACACAUCAGAGAUAAUUUCCAAGGAAGAACACUGAGAUUAGGGACCGGGGAAGGCUCCAGAAAGAAGGUGGGUUUUUGAGCUGAGAUUUGAAGGAAGCCAGAGAAGUCAGGGAUGGAGAUGAAGAGGGAGAGCAUUGCUUGGGGGAGAGCCAGAGAGAAUGCCCAGAGGAUUGUGGAUUGUGAUCAGCAUGGGCCAGUGUAAAGAAUGAAUGGCUGGCUACCGGUUGAUAGGAUGGGUGGGGGAUAAAAUGGAUGAAGCAUUAAAAAAAAAAGCAUUUGUCAGAUGAUUGUUUCAGUAAUUGUGAUCAGAAAAAAAAAAGCAAACAACGAAAAAUAAAAUAAAACAAUGCAAAAACAAAGAAAGGAACAGACAGACUAUGUCCUCUCGGAGCUCCUGUUUCAGUGAGGGAGUCCACAUGUAAAAAACCGGGGAUACUCCAAGCAGUCCAGGGUUGUUAAAAGGCCGUCAUAGAAGUAAACACCUGAAGCAGCUGGAAGCAGGAUGUGAUCUGAGACAGAAGAUGUGGGGCUCACUACCUGGGGAGCAGGUGGUCUCUUUUCCACUCUUUUGUACUUUCAUUCCUCCCUCCCCCAUUUAAUUCUGGGAUUCAGUGAUCCCAGCCUCCUCAGUGGUCCUUGAAGGGCACACACCAGCUCCAGCUGAAGACAUUUUCACUGCCUGCCUACCCCCAGCCCAUACCUCAUAUCCACCUCCCAUCUUCCCUUGCUUCCUCUAUGGCUCAGCUAAAAUCCCACCCUGUCCAGGAAGCUCUCCCUGAUUUCUUGCUCGCUUGUGUGCUCAUUAUCUCUAAUGUAACCUGAGGUAUCUGAAUGUGGAUGUUUGUGUGUUGUCUCCCAUCAGACUGGCUGCUCUUGGAGAACAGGGGCUGUCUUUUGCCUUUCCUUGGAGCCCUUUGCUUAACAGUAAUGUAGUAAGUGCAUAAUAAGUGCUUGUUGAUUUGAAUACUGCAUUUAGACCAAUUUUAGCUCUGUGAUCCCAGACAAGUUACUAGAACUCCCUAAGUUCAAGCUUCCUGAUUGUACAAUGAUGAUAGAAGGGAGUGCUCUACAAAACUGAUAAAUAUAUAUAUAUAUUUAUUAUAAUUACAUAAUAUAAUAUUAUGAAUUAUAUAAAUAAAUACACACACACGUAACUUACUAUUUCUUCAAACAAGCCACUCUUAUUUUCCUCAACUUGGCAAACUCUUUGAAAAAAUAUUGGACCUGGGAUCUGAAAGCCCUGAGUUCUAGUCCUGCCUCAGAUACCUUAUUAGUUUUGUACCUUGUCCAAGUCACUUACAUUCUCUCAGUCUGUUUUCUUCCUCUGCAAUAUGAGGAGAAAUAGCAUCUCUCUCGGAGCAUCAUGAUGAGGGACAAAAUGGAGAAUGUAUGUAACAGCCUUGGCAAAUACUAAAAUGCUACAGAAACAGUAGCUAUUACAGGCUUAACUCCGGACUCCCUCUUGUUCUCUGCUCCCUUAAAUCCCUGCUUUCCUUCUCGCGCCUCCAGGACAGCCCCUUCCUCCCCCUGGGAGCUGGGCCGGCCCAGUCCACCAUCCUGCCUGCCCCCUCACUUGGAAUGCAAAGGCCUCUGGGCAAAGGUCUGUUCAGUGCUAUUUCAUCAGAGACCCGGAUGUCUUAAGUACUGAGUGAAUAUUAAAAUAGUCCCAAUAAUAAAAUUGUGCCCAGCCAAGUGUGGAGCUCUCGUCCAGCAGGGGAGGGUUCCAGUCCCUUUUCCCUGAGGCCCCGGAGAGAUCAGCUUACACUGUUCAGGCUGGGUGUGGAUUUCUUUCCCUCCAUCUUCUUUCUGGAGACCAUCACCCCAUGGGUGCCUUCGCUUCCAGCCCGGGCACCGGGGACCACCGAAGGUCCUUCCCGAUCCUGCCCAAGACCUAACUGGCUCCUGAUCUGGCCUUCUGCCUCCUGAUUGGCUGGUGGCUGCUCAGGAUAAUGACCUUUCUGACCCAUUCGGUGGCUAAGGAGGGUAUGGGAUUUUUUCUGGCUGCAAUUUGAAGGUUGGUUCCAAAGGCUGCAAUGGGAAAAGCCUGACAGGUCCACUUCUGGGCACCGGCUGAGUCAGGCCACUCUGGCAGGCGUGGGGGCGGCUGGGUCCCGGGUCCGAGGGGUUUCGCUCAUGCUGCCCUGCUGCCCGGAGUGACCGACCGCUCGGCGGGCAGGAUGAGGGACCUUCUCCAGUACGUGGCGUGCUGCUUGGCGUUUUUCUCCGCUGGGUUUUUGAUCGUGGCCACCUGGACCGACUGCUGGAUGGUGAAUGCUGACGAUUCCCUGGAGGUGAGCACCAAGUGCCGGGGCCUCUGGUGGGAGUGCGUCACCAACGCUUUCGACGGCAUCCGAACGUGCGACGAGUAUGACUCUAUCCUGGCAGAGCAUCCCUUGAAGCUGGUGGUGACGCGGGCGCUGAUGAUCACGGCAAACCUCCUGGCCGCCCUCGGGUUCCUCUCCCUGCUGCUGGGGCUGCACUGCGUGAAAUUCCUCCCCAACGAGCCUCUCAUCAAGUUCCGGAUCUGCUUUGUGGCUGGAAUCUUGCUGGUGAUAGCAGGAGUCCCCGGGAUUGUCGGCUCCGUGUGGUAUGCCAUCGACGUCUACGUGGAACGCACCUCCCUAGUCCUGCACAACAUAUUUCUGGGCAUCCAGUACAAGUUCGGCUGGUCGUGUUGGCUCGGGAUGGCCGGGGCCCUGGGCUGCCUUUUGGCCGGGGCCGUCCUUACCUGCUGCCUUUAUCUCUUUAAAGAUUUGGGCCCAGAGAGGAGCUAUGCUUAUUCCAUCAGGAAGGCCUACUCACACGCCGGGGUCUCGAUGGCCAAGUCCUACGUCCCCACUCGAACAGAGACUGCUAAAAUGUAUGCUGUGGAUACAAGAGUGUGACUCUUCCUUCCCUCUGUGAGACUGUGCCCACCCACGACUCAAAACCCAGUCAAUUUAAUCAGCUCAAUAAAGAGCCAUCCAGUGAAGUGAAAUUAUUGUUCCAUUUAUGUGGUCAACUGAAAGGAAUGAUAAGGUCAUUGGAAAGUUCGACCUAAAAGCCUCAAGUAAUCCCACUUAUCUUUUUUUCUUUUUAAUUCCAUCCAUUUCCUUUUUUUCCUUACAUUUUCACUCCCUUUUUCAUUAAAAAAAAAAGGAAGAAAAAUCCACUUUAGCUUUCAGACCAAGUAGCCCUUAACUUUGACAUGUUCUUGGAAUUUGUCCAUCGGCAUGAGAGACGAUGGUUUAGUGACAUUAAACAGAACAUCUUUUUAGAGAAGAAAGCAAAAUAACCUCCCCAAAAGAGCGGAGAUUAAGAUCUUAGCAGCUAAUGGGCUGCCUUCUUGCUCUCUUGCUCUUCGUUCCUGUUGGAGUCUCGGUUCUGUGAAUCAUACAAUAACUAUGAAAAGAGAUAAAUCAGGGCAGCAAAUGCAUGUCCACAGCUGUCCCCUUGCAGAGGAAAAGUGGGCAGCUGCGUGGAGCUGCCGUUGGUGGAAAAGUGAAGAUGAAACACGUUCCCAUCCACAUGCUAAAUGGGUGUUUGUGUUGGAAAAGGCCAUGGGUCCUACUGACUUUAGGAAUAAUAGGCAGAGAAAUAUGGUUUAUUUAUGCCCCUGCAACUGUCUGAGAGAGUGCUAAGGACUUGAACCGAAGCAUCCUGACCGAGACACAGAGUUCAAUCAACCUGGAGUUGUGCUAACCCGGCCCACUUUUCCUCAGGAGGAAUGGCUGCUUGGAUGGUCAUUCAACUGGAAGUCCCUGGGUCUAGCAGAAAUGAAAUUGGCCGUUUCUGCUCUCUCAAAAUCCACAAUUAUUCAGAGGAAAGUUCUAUGUCUCAUGUAAAAUAUGCUGUUUUGGUAAAGUGCAUGAAAUCUUAAAGUAAUCAGAUAUUGUGCAUUUGGUUGUAUUCAUUUUGAUGAUAAAAUCACAAUGGAUUUUCUCAGGAGUAAUUAAUUAUGGCCAAAUGGCAGUCAGAGGAGUGGACGCUAUGCCUAAAAUAAACAAACCACACACGACAUCUCUCUGUUUUCCUUUAUGCUUUACCAUUCAUGCAGUUUUGGGGAUGUAAGGGGAGCACGCAGGUGGUACCUUGAGGGAGAGCCAUAAGUAUAGGAAUUGGAGGGACCUGAAUGAUCUGUGUCUACUCUCCCACCCACACUGGGUAGAUGGAACCCUGCGAUCUCAGAAGCUGAAGUAAGAAGACCUAAGUCAUGUAGUGGAUGUGUAAUAGAGCUAGAACAGGGUUAGCCUCCUCUACCAUCUGCCUCCAAAUAACUAACCUCAACAGAGGCUCUGGAAAACUAGAAAUAAAAAGUCAAAAUUGAAUGUCAAGCGGAUUAGAGUUCCAAGAAGUACUUGAAAUGCAAGAUGCAAGAGAACCUUUCGUAGAAAAGAUCAAAGUGACCUUUUUGUAUUACAUAUGAAAGAAGGACUUCCAGGAGAACAUGAGCAGCUUUUUUCUUGUCCUUUCUUAAAAGCCUCUCUUUUGUGUGUGGAUGAGUGUGCUGGAGAGUGAUGGUGACUGUUAAAGAGGACAAAUGAUUUGGGCAUUUUCUCACUAAAAAUGAUUUUUAAUAAACAAUGUAU